AUGAGCCAAUCGAAGGAACAUUCGCAAAGGAUAGCUUCAUUGGAAUUUACACCUAUCGGUCAAGCAAAACAAGCUCCAAAGAGACCAUUAGAAUCCCCAACACAUAAUAAUGGAACAGAGGAUAUUAGAGAUACAACAUUAAAUUCACCACCUAGGAAAUAUCAGAAAAUUAAUCCGGAUGACACUCUAAACUCGGUUAACAUGUUUAAUGAAUCACUUGAAUUCGAUGAGGUAAUUCCAGAAUUAUCAAAUACUAUCUUAAGUAAUUCUGACAUAAAUAGAAGGGAUUCGAAUGAAAUUAUUGGUAGAAAUUUGGUGAAUGAAUUGAAGGAAAAUGCAUCGACCUCGAACCCAUUGAAAGAACAGCAGGAACAAAUCCAAUCUUUGAUUAAAGAAAAUUAUAAUCUAAAAGCUAAAGUCACAAGUUUACUAAAAUAUUUGAAUACAGUGAUGAACAAAGGUGAAUUGCAAAAAACUUUACCAUUAUUAGAUGAAAUUAAUGAAUUAAAAGUAUUAAGUGGUAAAAAAGAUAGAAAAAUUCAAGAGAUUAAAAUUAAAUGUGAUGAUUUGGUUACUCAAAAUAAUAUCUUAAUUCGCAAAUCUAGAGAGCUAGAGGCCUUGGUAGCAAGUAAAAAUGAAUCAGCAACUAACAGUAAAGAAAUUGAUAUUAUUAAUGGUAAAAACCAGAAAAUUAUAGAAGAGUUAGAGACAAAACUUUCCAACGCAAAAGAGGAUGUAGCUAAUGAAUUAAACAUGACAAUAAGUGAAUUAAAUGAUCUUAAAAUAAGAUACAAUAAGUUUGAAAAAACUAUCAUGGAAAAAGAUAAGCUUAUCAAUGCCAAAGACGAUUUAAUUAGUUCAUUAGAAGGAAAUUUAGAAGAGAUAACUACAGAAGUAGAGAAUUUACAAGAUUUGUUACGAAAAAAAGAAGAGGUCAUCAAGGAAUACAAAGAUAAAUGUAAUACUAUGUUAGAAAAAAAUCAUGAUGAUGACAAUAAUGAACAAUUCAUGUUGGUUCAAGAUGAACUCAAUAUGAAGUUAUCAGAAAUUGAAAAUCUAGAACUUGAGUUGAAUGACUUAAAAGAUUUAAAUACAAAAUUAAAGGAAAGCUUGAAUGAUAAAGAAAAUGAACUAACUAAUGUAAGCUCGGAAUACGAAAAAUAUAAACUCGAUGCUGAAGCACAUAUGGGUAUAAUGAAGGAUUCAGAUGAUAAGUUAAAGAACCAAGUCAUUGAGAUCCGAAAGAAGAACAUAGAAUUAAAUUCUAAAUUGUUACAGAUGAAUGAAGUAAAUGAGAACCUAAAUGAUGAACUAAUGUCCUUGAAAGACAUUAUAGAGAAAUUAGAACAAGAUAAAAAGGCUAAACUUCAAGAAUUAAAAUCAUUGAAAAGUUCUGAUAUCAGUCAAAUAGAAGAUCUUAAACAGAAUAACCUUACUUUAGAAAGAAAAUUAAAAGAAAAUCUGGAUGAAAAAAAUGUAGAAAUUAACAAGCUAAGGAGGCAACAUGUCGAUAUGCAGAAAACAAAUUCAGCUUUAGUUGACAAAUUAACAAAAGAGUCGCAAUCGCUCAGAAAAGAAUACGAAGAUAAAAUAAAUGAUUUGGAAAACCAAUUAAAGUCUAACAUUACUGAUCUUUCGACAAAUAAAGAUUUAUUAGCAGUUGAAUAUAACAGUAAGAUGGAUAAACUAAAUAAAGAACUUGAAGAAAAUAAGCAUGCAUUAAAGACCUCCGAAGAGAUUAUUAAAGACCUUAAAAACCAAUUGAUUGAAAAUGUAACGAACUCUUCUCAAAAACUUGCAAAAUUAACUGAGGCAAAAAAUAGUGAGAUAGAAUCAUUGCUAUCUCAAAUGGAAUCCUUGCGAAAUAAAUAUAGAAAAAAAACAGAAACAUUAAUAAAUGAACAAGAAGAAGAAAGGCAAAGUUAUAUUAGGAAACUAAGAGAAGAGAAACUUUCUACUGAACGGGAGAAAGAUAAUUAUGACAAAUUAUUAUUACAGUUCAAUUCAGAAAAGAAUGCAAUCAUUAACUCGAAGAAGGAAUUGGAAGAUAAUUUGAACAAUAAAAUAAAUUCAUUAGAGAAGCUCCUACAGCAAACAUCUUCCACUGAUGUUGAACUUGAAACUUUGAAAUCAGAAUUAAGAGGUAAAGAGUUAGAAAUUAAAGAACUUUACAAAAAGGUAAAAUCUGUAACUGACUCCAAGGAGGAGCUUAAUAGCGAUUAUCUAAAGAUUAGAUCUAUAAAUCGCGAAUUAAAAGUUGAGCUAAAGAAGAUUGUAGAUGAAUAUAAUGAUAUUGCAAAGAAGUAUAGAACUUUAAAUGAUGAAUUUAUCAAUAACUCUAAAGCCAAAAAUGGUCUAGAAGAAGCUAAAGCUAAUCUAUUGAUUCUUCAAAGUAAAUAUAAUAUGAUGAAAAAAGACUUCUUAAACAGAUUAGAAGAACUUGGGAAAGAAAAUGUCGAACUUGAAAACAAAGUUAAUUUAUUAUCGAGUGGCAGCAGGCCUUCAACAUCAGAAAUUAAAUUUGAAGAUUCUACUUCUCAGAACAGAGCAGAUUAUUAUCGUCUAAAAUAUAAUAAUGAAGUAAGACUGAACAACGAUUUACGUGUCAUGAAUGACUACUUAAAUCGUGUAAUGAGAGCAAGUUCUCAACAACUACGUUUAGAUUUAUUGAAACUGGGAAAUGAAAAGAAUUCAAAUUAUUUAGACAUUUACGAUAAUAUUGUUAGAGGGAAAACGGAUAUUAAUGGCGACUAUGAUCCUUACUAUUCUAGUCAUAAUUAUCCACCAACUAGAAAUGACUUUUUAAGUAAUGAUAGGAAAGCAUAUCGUAGAAAAUUCAAAAGUAUUGCAAUGAUGAUUUUAUCAUGCAUUAGGAUGAGAAAUGUUGCUUCUACGAGCAGAAUGAAUAAAAUGAAGGUUGAUUAUUUGCAAAAGAAAAUUGCAAUGGAUAACGAUAGAAUAACUUGGUGA